GUCAUGAUCAUUUAUCAGUCAUGAUUAUUUAAAGUUGCAUGUUUUGCUAUGUUGUAAAAUGAGUGAAAUUAAAAUAUUUACCUCAAUUUUCCAGGAGCAAACACCAAUACCUGAAAUUGGGCCUAAUGAUGUGCUUCUGCGCAUGGCUCAGGUUGGCAUCUGCGGCUCAGAUGUGUCCUACCUUGUCCGAGGAAGCAUUGGGGACUUCGUUGUCAAGGCCCCCAUGAUCUUGGGUCAUGAGUCUGCAGGUGUUGUGGUUAAGUGUGGGCAGAAUGUGAAGCACUUGAAGAAGGGUGAUCGAGUUGCCAUUGAACCAGGCGUUCCGUGUCGCAUGUGUGACUAUUGCAAAGGUGGCAAUUACAACCUGUGUCCUGAUGUUGUCUUCUGUGCCACCCCUCCUUACCAUGGGAAUCUGUGUCGCUACUACAAACACGCAGCAGAUUUUUGUUUCAAGCUUCCAGAUCACGUAACCCUUGAAGAAGGAGCCAUCUUGGAACCCCUGAGUGUAGGUGUUCAUGCCUGCAGGCGCGCGGGCGUCACCCUGGGCUCCACAGUAUUGGUGUGUGGAGCUGGACCCAUUGGACUGGUUAACUUGCUCACUGCAAAGGCCAUGGGAGCUACUAAGGUUUGCAUUACAGACAUUGCUGAGAACAGACUGAAGGUGGCAAAGGAAAUGGGGGCAGACCACACCAUCCUUGUGAGUUCAGGAGAUGCUGAAGCUAUUGCUAAGGAGGUUGAGAAGGUGAUGGGUGGGAUGCCAGACAUCACUAUUGAGUGUAGUGGUGCCGAGUCAAGCAUUCGCCUUGGUAUUUUUGCUACAAAGUCUGGUGGCAUGAUGGUCCUUGUUGGCUUAGGUCCAUCAGAGGUGAAGAUCCCAAUUGUCAAUGCCGCUGUACGAGAGGUGGACAUCAGGGGCAUCUUCCGCUAUGCUAACUGCUAUCCUUUGGCACUGGAUAUGAUAGCAUCAGGCAAGGUCAAUGUCAAGCCUCUCAUUACUCAUCGCUUCAAAUUGGAGGAAACCCUCAAGGCCUUUGAGACUGCUCGCACAGGGGCGGGUGGAGCAGUCAAGGUCAUGAUCUCUUGUGAAUGAAAAGCGGAUAAUUGGAAGAGUCUUGGAGAGAAAGCGAGAGAACUGUUGCCUUUUUUUCUUCACUUUUUGACCUUAAAUUUAACAUUGGUGCAGCUCUGUUCUCGUAUGCAUUGUUUACAAUAAUAAAGUUGAAAAAAAAAGUUUUCUGUUAAUGUUAUUUUCCAAUUAAUGUGUGUGUAAAAUGAUGUUUGUAAUAAAGAAAUUUUUUGCUAUAUUUUGAAUAUCUUGAUAAAGACAUUAGAUGUUGAUAUGGCAGAAAAAUUUAAAUAUAUAAAUAAUGAGAUACAUAAUGUCAACUAGAAAUGUAAGAAUCUUAUAAUGCUACCAAGUACCUUCUGAUUUCACUCUUUAGGGCUUCAUUUUUUUUUUCCAGAUUUUGAAAACAAGAUUUUGUUCAGUAUAGUUUAUUUUAAACAUAUAAUUCAUUUAAUACUCAUCCCAUCCCACCGACUCUUUGAUUGUGGCUUCAUUUGCCAGUUUGGAUCUCCUGUAUGCAUUUGCUUCCCCCUUCACCCUCAAAUUCUUCUUGGAAAUCUGCUUCUUUUCCCGUCUUGUAAGGUCCUUCUGCAUUCGCCGUUUAAUCUCCUCUGGUUCUAUGGUACUUGCUGUUGUUGAAAAGCUGCAGACACUGUGUACAUCACUCAUUGUUUCUUGUAACAGGUCACCAAGUGGUGGGGCUUCCUCUCCAUUUUCUUCGCAGAGCUGACGUACCUCUCGGGCAUUGGCCAAGUGCUUUAUGAAGAGCAGCCUUGCCUCUUUGUUGCCAUCCUUCUUUCGUCUCUCAUUUAAUUCUUUCUGUUUUUCCACGCCCAUAUUUAACUCUUUUACAAUCAUAUUCACCAUCUUGUCAUUUUCAGCUUGGUCAAUUUUAGCCUCUAUAUUUAGCUCCUUACACAAUACCUCUAUCUCAUCCUGCAACUUGGCAAGUUCCUCUUUUGUAAGGCCUGAUGUCUGAGUCUGGUCUGGUACCUUAGAGGCUUCCUCUUGUUCAAGGGGUGGGACCUCUCCUUCAUCACCACUUCCAUCAUUAUCAUCGUUGCCAUCCUCACCUUCUUCUUCUUCUUCUUUUUCUUCAUCCUCAUCGCUGUGAGAGUCGUCUUCAACUGUUGUGUCAAAAUCUUUCCCAACAUUAAAAUGUUCGUUGAACUCUUGAAUCUCUCUUGAAAAUCCACUCACAGACACCUCUUUGUCCAGAUUAUCUUCCCUCCUGUUAGGUAGAAAAAAAAAGGAAAAA